CGUGGGGGCGCCGAGUUGGAUCCCGGGCUCAGGGGAAAGCGGCGGGGGCUGGGCGCGCGGUCAGAGAAGCCCCGGGGCCGGGCCGAGCGGGGACAGACAGCAGCCCCGCCACCCCGGGGCCCUUGCCUCCGGAGACCGGCGGGUGGGCGAGCUCGCCACCCGCCCCUUCUCCGGGCACCAUCCCAGGACGUGCCCCCGCCCCUUCCCGGGCCCCGCCCCCUGGCGUGGCUCCGCCCCGGCCCCGGCGGAAGCAGCGGCUCGGCGUCGGGUCAGCAGCAGCGGCAGCGCGAGAAAACCUUCCUCCCACCAUGAACCUUGACAUCCAGUGUGAGCAGCUGAGUGACGCGCGGUGGACGGAGCUGCUGCCUCUGAUCCAGCAGUACGCGGUGGUCAGGCUGGACGACUGUGGCCUCACAGAGGUGCGGUGCAGGGACAUCAGCUCUGCCCUCCAGGCCAACCCCUCCCUGACCGAGCUCAGCCUUCGCACCAAUGAGCUGGGCGAUGCCGGUGUGCACCUGGUGCUCCAGGGCCUGCAGAGCCCCACCUGCAAGAUCCAGAAGCUCAGCCUCCAGAACUGCUGCCUGACGGAGGCCGGCUGUGGGGUCCUGCCCAGCGUGCUGCGCUCCGUGCACUCCCUGCGCGAGCUGCACCUCAGUGACAACCCACUGGGGGACGUGGGCCUGCAGCUGCUCUGCGAGGGGCUCCUGCAUCCCCAGUGCCACCUGGAGAAGCUGCAACUGGAGUACUGCAACCUGACUGCCGCCAGCUGCGGGCCCCUGGCUGCGGUGCUCAGGGCCAAGCAGGACUUCAAGGAGCUCACAGUGAGCAACAACGACAUGGGCGAGGCCGGCGUGCGGGUGCUGUGCCAGGGCCUUGCAGAGUCAGCCUGCCAGCUGGAGACGCUCAAGCUGGAGAACUGUGGCCUCACGCCAGCCAACUGCAAAGACCUGUGUGGCAUUGUGGCAUCCAAGGCUUCGCUGCGUGAGCUGGAUCUGGGCAGCAACAAGCUGGGCGAUGUGGGCAUCGCUGAGCUGUGCCCUGGGCUGCUGAGCCCCAGUUCCCAGCUCAAGACCCUGUGGCUCUGGGAGUGUGACAUCACAGCAGGGGGCUGCAGAGACCUGUGCCGUGUCCUCAGGGCCAAGGAGAACCUGAAGGAGCUCAGCCUGGCAGGCAAUGCACUGGGCGACGAGGGUGCCCAGCUGCUGUGCGAGAGCCUGCUGGAGCCCCGCUGCCAGCUUGAGUCCCUGUGGGUGAAGUCUUGCAGCCUCACAGCUGCCUGCUGCCACCACUUUAGCACGAUGCUGACGCAGAACAGGCAUCUCCUGGAGCUGCAGAUGAGCAGCAACAAGCUGGGGGACUCUGGCGUCCAGGAGCUCUGCCAGGGCCUGGGCCAGCCCGGCAGCACACUGCGAGUGCUCUGGCUGGGGGACUGCGACGUGAGCAAUAGUGGCUGCAGCAGCCUGGCCUCACUCCUGCUGGCCAACCGCAGCCUGCGUGAGCUGGACCUAAGCAACAAUGCCUUGGGGGACCCGGGCCUCCUGGAGCUGCUGCAGAGCCUCGAGCAGCCUGGCUGCGCCCUGGAGCAGCUGGUCCUGUAUGACAUCUACUGGACACAGGAGCUGGAGGACCGCCUGCAGGCCUUGGAGGAGAGCAAGCCAGGCCUGAGGCUCAUCUCCUGAGGCCCCGCUCCUGACACUCCCAGAUGGCCCCCUCCCUUCCCACAGGACCAGCCCCUGGCUCUAACUGAAGAGAAACGCUCAAAUCAGCUUACUUCUGUGAAGAAAUCUGGACACUUUAUAAUUAUUAAAGCACUCUUUUGGCAGGA